AUGUCGUCGACACCCAACAACCACUUUGUUAUCCGCGCCCGCGACCUACCCAACUCGCGCCGAAAGGAGUUUCUGGAAGCGCAUAUGACGUACAUCGGCCCCCUCAUCGCCCGCGGGGACCUCGUCACUGUCGCCCUCCUCCUCCCGGAGGGAGCGCAGUCUUCCGAGGUGAAAGAUGCCGGGGACGUCGCCGUCGGGGUGAUCAUCACCCUCCGCGCGGAGAGCGUCGACGCCGUGUGGGAGGUCGUCCACAACGAUCCGUUCUACAAGAGCGGAGAAGUGUAUGACCGGUCGACUGUUACGGUGGAGCCCGUCUACAUCGUUUUAAAGAAUUGA